AUGAAUUUCAGAGCCACGUUGUUGUACAGCUCUAUGUGCGAUAUGUGCUGGUGUUUUUACGAAACCAGCUUCGUAGAGCUUUGCGGAGAUAAGCUGCCCGUUACUGAAGCCGUGGCGACUAUAAACCAUAUCAAAAGAGACCGUCCCAAAGCGGAGUACCUACAGAAACAUUGGACGAGAACUAUGCAUAACCACAACAUGCCGUGCGAUGGGUGAAUCUAAUGGACAUGGAGCGGACAGUUCAGAGCCAACAGCAUAACGCAUGUCGGCUUCCAAGCCGGCACUCUCAGGUCAGAUAGACAGCAACCGUCUUCCCCAUGUUCUUGGCAGGAAACACACUCCCGGUACCUCCAAUCUCCAAAUCUGACAGCCAGAGAAGGAGAUUGAGGCGGUUUUUGAUGUAUAGACUUUGGUAAAUGUCAUCCAGUUUGAUCCUUUAAUCCGUCCGAGUAGGUGCAUGCUUCUCUGUGGACAUGACAUCGAUGUUGUCUUGUGGUUUUACCCCCA